AUGAGUGAUGAAAAGAAUAUGGAUCCCCAAAAAAUGAAGGUGCUGCUAAAGCAGAAAACCGCAAGAAUAAGGGAUUUAGAGAAGAUGCUUUCUCAAAUGAAUGCUCCUUCAGUUGAUAAUAGUUCAAAAAUAGAAGAACUUGAACAACAACUUGAAGAUUCUAAGGCAUUGAUAUCUGCACUUCAAGAAAGUGUUAGCCAAAAGAAUGCAGAAAUAUCAAGGUUAUCUUUAAUUUCUCAAUCAAAUGCAAGAAACCAAAAUUCGGAUUUAAUUGCAAGUUUACAGAAGAAAAUUGCAGAACAACAGCAAGAAAUAGAGUCUCUUAACAAUGAAUUAUGGAAUGAUGAUCCAAAUGAAAGCGAAAAAGACAUAGAAAUUCAAAAUCUUAAAUCUCAAAUUCAAAAACUCACUAAAAACCAACCGCAAGUAUCGCCGGCAUCUAAUAAUGCAGAACUUGAUACAUUAAGGAGCCAAUUGGCCGAAAUGACUCAAAAAACAAAAGAAUUUUCUAACCUUGAAAUAAUUAUCAAAGAACUUCGUGCAGAAAACGACCAACUAAACGACGAAUUGAUGAACGACCAAGCAGAACUCGAAGAAAAGGACGCAGAAAUACAAGAACUUAAAGAACAAAACGAAGGCGCAUACAAAAUGAAAUAUGAAACUGCAACAAAGACAAUUGAGUUGUUACAGAAGCAAAUAUCAGCUUCACAAGAAAUUUCCAAAGAAAAUGAUGCUCUAAAGUCGAAAUUGGCCGAAAAAGACAAACAAUUACAAAAUUACAAUGAUAUGAAUUCAUUAAUCAAAGAACAGAGAGAACAAAUAGAGAAACUGAGUAAAAACAUUGAUGAUUCCUCUGAUUUCGCUGAAAAUGAAAAGAAAUAUCAAAAUGAAAUCCAAAAUUUGAAGAAACAAAUAGAAGAACUCCAAGAAAAUGACAAUGCAUGGGGUGACAUCGAUGAUACAGAUGAAAUCAAACAAGAAAAUGAGAAUUUGAAGAAAGAAAUUGAAAAUCUUAAAAAUCAAAACAAAGAAAUCGGAAAUUUACAGCUGCAAAUAGAGAAACUGAAAGAUAUAAUCAAAGAAAAGGAGUCAGACAAUGAAAGUUUGUUGCAGGAACUCGAAAAAUCUGAAAAUAAUUUUGAAAUUGAGAAAAUUAAGAAAGAAAAUCAAAAUUUGCAGACAAAAGUCAAAGAAAUGCAAGAAACAAUUGAUGAAUUAGAAUCAAAUGCUUGGAAUGAUGAUGGAAAUGAUGAAAUAAAACAAAAUUUGGACAAAUUAAAACAAGAAAUCAAUAAUCUCAAAAAAGAAAAUGAAAAUCUCCAAAAGCAAGUUGAAGAAAAUGAAGAAAAUGCUUGGAAUGAUGGAAAUAAUGAUGAAAUUGAAGAAAUUAAACAAAAUUUGGAGAAAUUACAAAAAGAAAAUGAAAAUUUGAAGAAAAUUAAUGAAGAGAAAUCUAAUGAUGAUGAAAUAAAUAAACUCAAACAAGAAAUCAGUGAAUUAAAGAAAGAAAAUGAAGAACUUCAAGAAAAUCUUUGGAAUGAAAACGAAAAUGAAGACAAUCAAGAAGAAAUUUCUAAUUUAAAGAAAGAAAAUGAAAAAUUAAAACAAAAUAUCAAAGAACUUCAAAAACAAAUAGAAACAAAUGAAGAAAAUCUUUGGAAUGAAAAUGAAAAUGAUCUUAAACAAAAAGUGACAGAAUUAGAAAGUGAAGUGAAAAAUUCUGACAAAUUAAAAGAAGAAAAUAAUAAACUAAAGAAAGAAAAUGAAGAAUUGAAGAAAGAAAUUGAUGAUUUGACAGAAAAUGUUUGGAAAGAUGAUGAAGAUAAUCAAGAAACAGAGAAAUUAAAACAAGAAAUCAAUAAUCUCAAAAAAGAAAAUGAAGAAUUAAAGAAAGAAAUGGACGAACUCCAGGAAAGCACGUGGAAUGAAUCAUACACUGAAGAAAGUGAUGAGUUGAAACAAAAACUAAAGGAAUUGGAACAAAAAUACAAAGAUACAGAGAAAUCUAAUGAAGAUUUGAAGAAAUUACUUGAACAAGUUGAUAAUCUACAAAAAGAAAGUGAGAAAAUCAACCAAGAUCUAGAGAAACAAAUCGAAGAAAACCAAGAAAAUUCUGAUGUCGAUGAAAAUGAAAUUCUUAAACAAAAAGUGACAGAAUUAGAAAGUGAAGUUAAAGAAAAAGAGAAAUUAAAUGAAGAAUUAAAGAAAGAAAAUGAAGAUUUGAAGAAAGAAGUUGAAAAUCUUCAAGAAAAUGCUUGGAAUGAAACAGAAAAUGAAGAAAUCAAAGAAAAAUUAGAAAAAGAAAAUGAAAUUCUUCAAAAACAAGUUGAAGAAAACAACAAAACACUCAAUGAUUUGAAACAAAAACUUUCUGAAUCAGAAAAUGAAAAAUCUGUAAAAAAUUCUGAAAAUGAUAAAUUGAAACAAAAAGUGACAGAAAUAGAAAGUGACUUCAAAAUUUCGAAUGAAAAAUCAUCAAAUCUUCAACAAAAAUUAGAUGUUUUGAGUCAAAAUCUGGAGAAAUUAGAAAAAGAAAUGAAGAUUUCUUCAGAAAAGAACCAAAAACUUCAAAAAGAAAAUUCUGACUUACAAAAUCAGUUCACUUCACUUCAGAAACAAAAUUCUGACAACCAAUUAAAGAUUACUUCACUUUUGAAAGAAAAAUCCGAAUUAGAAAACCAGUUGAAUGAAAAUUCGACACAAAACUUGGAAUCUAAUUCUUCUGAAAAAGAAAUUCGAGAUUUGAAAGAAAAAAUCACGAAACAAAACGAGAAAAUCAAAGAACUCGAGGAAGAAGUAAAGAAAGGAUACCAAGAUUUGUGGGGAGCUGAUUCUGAUGAUGAUUCAAAAGAAAAAGACGAAGAAAUAAAGAACUUGAAAUUGGAAAUCGAAAAAAUCAACAAAAAUCAUUUGGAAAAGAUUGGAAUUGUGGAAAAAGAAAAGAAGAAUGAAAUAGAAAAGAGAGAAAACAAAAUAAAGAAGAUGAGAAUUGAUUUGCAAAAGAAAGAUGAAGAAAUAAACAAACUAAACAAAGAAAUUUCUCAAAACAAAAAAGAUGAAUGGUCUACUGUUACUUUUGGAGAUGACGAAGAAAUCUCUUCUCUAAAGAAAGAAAACGAACGAAUUAAACAAGAAAUCACAGAAAAACAAAAAGAAAUUGAAGAAAUCCAACAAAAACUUUCUAAAUUUACAAAAGAAAAUGAAGAAAAAUCAUCUGAAAUUUCUCUUUUAAAGAAAGAAAAUGAAGAAAAAUUAUCUGUUUUGGAGAAAGAAAAUGAAGAGUUAAAGCAGAGAAUUGAAGAAUUUAACAGUUUCAAGAAAGAAAAUGAAGAAAACAAACAGAAAAUAUAUAAUCUUGGCGAAGAAACUAAGAAGAAAUUGAAUGAAAUUUCUGUUUUAAAGAAAGAAAAUGAAGAGUUGAAGCAGAAAUUAAAUGAAAUUAAUGAAGAAAUGAAACAGAAAAUUGUUGAUUUUAAUGAAAAAUUCUCUAAUUCUAAGAAAGAAAAUGAAGAAAAACUCUCUGUUUUAAAGAAAGAAAAUGAUAAUUUGAAGCAGAAAUUAAACGAAUUUAACAGUUUCAUGAAAGAAAGUGAAGAAAACAAACAGAGAUUAAAUGAUCUUGGUGAAGAAACCAAGAAGAAAUUAUCUAUUUUAAAGAAAGAAAAUGAAGAAAUGAAACAAAACAUUUCUGAUUUAAUGAAAGAAAAUAAGGAAUUAAAUGAAAGACUUUCUAAAUCUAUCAAAGAAAACGAAGAAAACAAAAAGAAACUAAAUGAAAACGAAUUGAACUUCAAACAGGAAAUUGAAGAAAAUUCUCUGUUGAAGAAAGAAAAUGAAGAAAACAAACAGAAACUAAAUGAAAUAAAUCAAGAAAUGAAGAAGAAAUUGAACGAAAUUUCCAAUUUAAAGAGAGAAAAUGAAGAUUUAAAGAGAAGUUUGAAUGGAAAUGAAGAAAUCAUUGAAGAAAUGAACGAAAUCAACAAAGAAAAUGAUUCUAUAAAGAAAGAAAACAAAGAAAUGAAACAAAAUUUAAUUCCUAAAUUACAAAAAGAAAAUGAGAAACUAAAUAAUGAAAUUUCUCAAAUUCAAAUAGAAAAUGAGAAAUUAAAGAAGCAAAUAGAAGAAAUGAAACAGAUUUCAAAUGAAAUUUCUCAAUUAAAACAAGAAAAUGAAGAUUUAAAGAGAAGUUUGAAUGGAAAUCAAGAAAUCAACAAAGAAAAUGAUGAUUUAAAGAAAGAAAAUGAGAAAUUAAAUCAAAAAAUGGAAGAAAUGAAGAAAUCAUUAGUUGAUAAAUCGAAUCUGAAUGAAUUACUAAAGAAAUUGCAGAAAGAAAAUGAAGAAUUAUCAAUUUCUUUGUCACAAAAGCAAAAAGAAAAUGAGAAAAUCAAUGAAGAAUUGACUAAAAAACAAAUUGAAAUCGAAAAACAAAAAGAUCUUGAAACGAAUUUGAAUAAUUCUGAUGCAAAUAAAGACGAAAUGAUUGAAUUAUUGCAGAACGAAAACGAAGAAACAAAAAGAAAUAAUGAAGAAUUAUCAUUAUUACUUGAGAAAUACAAACACGAUGUUGAUUCUUUGAAUGCGAAAAAUCUUCAUCUUAUUAAAGAAAAUGAACAAAAAGAAAUAACAAUAAAUAAUUUGAACACAGAAAAGAAAGAACUUGGGAAGAUAAAUAAACAACUGGAACAAUCCAAAUCUAUUCUGGAAUCACAGAAAGAAUACGAAGAAAUGAAAGUCAAACAAGUAGAAAAACCAAAACAAAUCAAUGCAAAUGAUAUCAAAGAAAAAGAGAAGAUGAAUGACUGCAUGAUGAGAAUGCAGUAUUUGCAGUCUGCUUUGAUUCAGUUCUUCCAUCAAAAUACUUCAACACAAAGGAAGAUGAUUAAAGCAGUUUUGAGUGUUUCUGGAUGUUCUCAAGCUCAAAUAUCUGAUGCUGAAUACGCAUGGGAUGUUAAUCACUCAAUUCCUUUGCUUUCAUAUUUUAACUUAUAA